CUUGUCCCUCCCCAUUCUCGCUCACACUCGCCAACCUCACAGGCGUAGGAAGGAGUGUCACCUUGCUCACUGCUGCUUUGCCUUUCCGCUUCACCAGCCCACCUGCUAGCCCACAAGCCUACUAUCUCCUAGCUGGGCGCAGAAGGAUGUCGGCCUGCUACCGUCCCCCUGGGAACGAGACCCUACUGAGCUGGAAGGCCUCGCGGGUCACAGGCACCACCUUCCUGCUGCUGGCGGCGCUGCUGGGGCUGCCAGGCAAUGGCUUCGUAGUGUGGAGCUUGUUAGGCUGGCGGCCCACACGGGGGCGACCGCUAGCAGCCACGCUCGUGCUGCACCUGGCGCUGGCUGACGGCGCAGUGUUGCUGCUCACGCCGCUCUUCGUGGCCUUCCUGAUGGGGCAGGCCUGGCCACUGGGCCAGGCGGGCUGCAAGGCCGUAUACUACGUGUGCGCGCUCAGCAUGUACGCCAGCGUCCUGCUCACCAGCCUGCUCAGCCUGCAGCGUUGCCUCGCCGUCACCCGCCCCUUUCUGGCGCCGCGACUGCGCAGCCCGGCCCUGGCCCGCCGCCUGCUGCUUGCGGUCUGGUUGGCCGCUCUGUUGCUGGCCCUUCCGGCCGCCGUCUACCGCCACCUCUGGGGGGACCGCGUGUGCCAGCUGUGCCACCCGUCGCCGGCCCACGCCGCUGCCCACCUGAGUCUGGAGACUCUGACUGCCUUCGUGUUUCCCUUUGGGCUGGUGCUCGGCUGUUACAGCGUGACGCUAGUGCGGCUGCGGGGCGCCCACUGGGGCACCAGGCGGCACGGGACGCGGGUGGGCCGGCUGGUGAGCGCCAUUGUGCUCGCCUUUGGCUUGCUCUGGGCCCCCUACCACGUGGUCAACAUUCUUCAGGCGGUCGCUGCACUGGCUCCGCCAGAAGGCGCUUUGGCGAGGUUCGGUGGUGCCGGCCAGGCAGCGCGAGCUGGAACUACGGCCUUGGCCUUCUUCAGCUCCAGCGUCAACCCGGUGCUCUAUGUCUUCACUGCCGGGGAUCUGCUGCCCCGGGCAGGGCCCCGCUUCCUCACACGGCUCUUUGAGGGCUCAGGAGAGGCCCGCGGGGGUGGGCGCUCUAGGGAGGGGACCAUGGAGCUUCGAGCUACCCCUCGGCUCAAAGUGGUGGGGCAGGGCCGGGGCAACGGAGACCCUGGGGGAGGGGCAGAGAAGGACAGUCAAGGAUGGGACCCUUGAUGCCAAACCCUACAACUGGGUCUGCCCUUCCCCGUCCCUUUCUAUCCCCACUGCCCGCCCCCCAGCCCCCCACUCCCCAACCCAGGAGACCACUCUGGAACGUGCAGGGAUCCUCCUCUGACCAGUUUGGAUCUGUCUGGGCAAAAUUAUUACAUAUGUGGGUCAGGCCCAGUUUUCUCCAAACCGAGGGAUUGCAGGUGGUGGUGGUACAUGUUGAUGCGUAUCAUGUACUUGCAGGUUGGCAGAUGCCCAUGUGCCAAUAUUGUGAAUACCCUGGGCAGCCCAUCUAUGGUGGCUUAGGUAUGCUCCCCUGGUGGCUCAUCGUGCCUGUGCUGUGCUGAAGCCGUCUGGUUCCUGCCUAGUUCAGGCCAAGCUGGGCAGUGCCAGCCUUCAGGGGCAUCUUGGCCUGUCCUCUCCAAUCUGGGUGGCCUGGUUUCCCCAGGCCAACCCAUAGAAACACUCUGGAAAUAAAGGGAGAAAGAGGAAGGAAA